AUGUCUUCAACCAAUCCGAAAGGCAAUAACUCACUCGCCAACACGUCUACACCUCGCCUGCCUACCCAGAAGCUCACCGCGAUCGCCCGUCUCAAGUCUUUUGGAGGGAGCUUCGUCAACCGUCAGAAGGAACCACUCAUCGUGUUCCCUCCACCCUCCUGGGAGCUCAGUGAUGACCUCCUCGGAUCUUCACGCGUCACUCCUGUUGCCCUGGCAGAAUCUAACUUCGAGGAUCCGCCUCCUCCAGAGCCCAUCUCAUUUGCGAAGAAACUUCGAGGUCUUAUCGAAUCACUUCCAUUGCCUGGGACCUCUUCGUCAGCAACUACAACCAAUGCGGAUACUGCGGAUACACAGGGAAAUGAGAGUCAGUCAGCACCCCCUGUCCCUGCUGGGCUAGACGAAAGCUUAGUUCGCAUGCUCUCAUCGGAGGAGCUUAUGAACGGCAAGCUCAGAGAAUCAUCAGCAGCUAGUCCAAGCGGCGAAGGUAGCCCAGGAAUAUGGAAUAUUUUGGCCGGUCUCAAGAAAGAUGGGGGGAAGGGGGGAGAGUCUGCCUCCACUCCAAGCACGGUCGAGGAGGACGAAGAUGGGCUCAUGAUGUACGCGCCACUGGAGCCCAAGGACGAUUCCCAACUCCAGCUUGCCGAAUCGGAAACAAUCCUAGAGUAUAUAGAUGGCCCAAGGGCAAGUACGAGCAAGCCGUCCGAACCCAAGUCUGGGACCGCGAAAGGAAGGUCUCCUGAACGGCACAGUGAGCAGGUCGUCGAGAAGCACAUCUGGGUCCCCUCAACGACACAAUUGUCAUUACUCACAACGUGGUGGGGUUAUCGCCUCUACCUCCCACCUGCAGUCAUGGUUAAACUCAACGCGACGUCCCUCAAAGCGACGGCACGCGCUGCUAUGAUCACGACUGCUCUGAAGUGGUUGCUUGACAAGAUUCCAAUGAUGCUAGUUCCCGUACAGUUCAGGCCUGCUGUUACAAUUUUAAAACGAAUGAGUCCUGUUACCAGCUACAUCGGGGUCUUCAUUGCAUGGAGUUGGGAUCGGAUACGAUCUCUUGACAAAGGAAACGGAGUUGUUUUAACGGCGACAUGGGUACUUCCUGUCGCCUUACUGCCGAUGAGCUGGGAUGCUGGGGACAUAUAUCGACCGAUAGCUGCGCCGACCCCAGAAGAAAUUGCUGCUGCACAGGAGGCAGCAGCGAAGGCAGCAGCGGAAAAGGCCGCCAAAGAGCAAGCAAAAGAGGCUUCCGGAGAUCAAGGGAAGCAGAAGAGAUCAUUUUUCCGAUGGUGA